AUGUUUGAAAAUGAGGCAUCAAAAUUAGAGAGCUUUAUAAGAUCUGUAUUGUAUUCUUAUUACAUUGGUUCGGCAUUGGGAACGUUUUUGGCUGAAUUAAAGUUUCCAUCAGACAAUAUCCACUGUGUGGGUCAUAGCUUAGGCAGUCAUAUACUUGGAUAUGCAGGAGAAACGUAUACCAAUAUUACAAAUAAUCUCCUUUGGAGGAUAACAGGAUUGGAUCCCGCUGGACCAUGUUUUUCUAAGAGUCCCGUGGAUGAGCAAAUUAGAUCAGGUGUGGCGAAAUACGUAGAAGUGUACCACUGCAAUGCUGGACAUUUAGGUACAACACAAGUGUUAGCGGAUACGGACUUCUUUUUCAAUUACGAAGGGAAGAUACAACCAAAUUGCGAGGAAGGAAAAAAUGUCGAAGAAACAGCAAAAUGCUACCACAAAGCCUGCCUCCUUUUUUGGAUGACCACAGUGCAUAACCCAGAUAUCUAUUUAGCACACUCGUGCAAUUCAUAUGAAUCUUUCGCAGAGGGUUUUUGUGAAAAUAACGAGACCACUGUCGUUGGAUAUUUCAAUCCUGGUAAUACCAGAGGAAAGUUCUACGUCAAUACUGAAAUUAUACAUAAACAA